CCGGCCAUGGACUAGCAGCGAGAUGAUGUACAGCAUGGUGUCCGAGUACCCGAGCUACGAGGGCCCCCAGCAGCCCCCGGGCCAGUUCCACCCGCAGCCGCCUCCGCAGCAGCAGUACCACCAGGCGGAGGCGGCCCACGACUACUACUACCCCUCGGAGGCCGCCGACAUCAUCACCACCGACAACGGCCUCUGCUACACCAACCUCGACUACGCGGCCGCCGGCCCCGGCGGCGGCGGCGGCCACACGGCCGGCGGACACCACCAGUACUACUCCGAGUACUACCAGGCCACCGACUACUACCCCCAGCAGCACCACCACCAGCCGCCCCCGCCGCCCCAACCUCCAGAGUACCAGCAGCGGUUGCACCAACACAACCACCUGCAACCCAACCACAACCACAGCAGCCAACAGGCCGCCGUGCCCACCUACAAGUGGAUGCAAGUCAAGAGAAAUGUUCCUAAGCCAGCAUGCAAAACGAGCGUGCAGGAGUUGUUCCAGCAACACCACCAGCCGCCGUCACUGCAGCUGGGCCCUUCGCCGAUGGUCAACUCGGGACCGCUGGGCCCCCUGUCGCAGUUGGGCCCCGUGUUGAGUGGCGCGGCGGCCUUGGCGGCAGGCGCCGGCCGCACAAACUUCACCAACAAGCAACUCACCGAGCUGGAAAAGGAGUUUCACUUCAACAAGUACUUGACACGCGCCAGGCGGAUAGAAAUUGCGUCGGCCCUGCAACUCAACGAAACGCAGGUGAAGAUCUGGUUUCAAAACCGGCGGAUGAAGCAGAAAAAGCGGAUGAAGGAGGGCCUCAUCCCUCCAGAGCCCCUCGCGACGAGUCCACCGAGUAGCAGCAGCAACUCCCCGAACUUGAGCGGGCCCCUGGCGCCCCACGAGGGUUCGCCCUCGGCUCCCUAGUCCCGCCUCCUCACGGUUCCUCAACUUGUCUCUCUUUGUGGUGAGAAAACGAAAAAACAUUUUAAUUUGGGAAACAAUGAAAUCUGCUACACGUCAGAAGAUGGAGAGAAAAGAAAAGGUGGCUCGGAAUGAAAAAACAAAACUCUUGUGACUUUUGGUGUGCAUGCUCGUUCACUCGCUGGUUCAUCAUAAUUUAUCAUCAUUAAUUAUCUCAAUGUACUGAUGUAAAUAAAAACCGACCUCUGUAGAUCCUCAAUAAACUUAUGGCAAAUAAUCUAUAAAUUUUUUGCUUCAUUAUUGUAAAUUUCUUCUGAUAAAAAGUGAUUUAAAUUAUUAUUUUUCUCAUAAGUCCCUGGAUUUUACUUUUCCAGCUAAUCUUAAGGUGAUUUGAGAUCAAAUACUUUAAUUAUACUAAUUAUUGUUUAUUGUAAGUCAAUAUUUAAUAACAAAAUGUAAAAAGUAAUUUA